GGGAAGAAAGACGAGAAGGAGCCACAGCGCCGCUGAUUUACCAUUCAACCUUCUUUAUUCUUUUUAUAACGGUUAUUGUGAUUUAAACUUAAAUAGUCAUCGAGCGACCGGUCCCAGCCAGUCGGUACACUUUCCCCCUGCCCCUGCACACUCUUUAAGAAGAAAAUGAGCGGCAGCGGGCGGCCCAGGACCAGCUCGUUCGCCGAGCCACCAGGGGCUCCGGGAGCCGCUGCAGCCGCCGCCGGAUCGACCGUUGCGGGCGGGAGCGGUGCAGGAAAGUCCGGUGCUGCACCAGGCUCCGCUGCUAGUUCUUCUGGAUUUGGGAACUUGAAGCUAAGCAGAGACAGUGGAAAAGUGACAACGGUGGUAGCCACACCUGGGCAAGGUCCAGACCGCCCACAGGAAGUGUCCUAUACAGACAUUAAGGUGAUCGGUAAUGGCUCCUUCGGGGUUGUGUAUCAGGCUCGGCUCACUGACAGCCAGGAGUUGGUGGCAAUCAAGAAGGUGUUGCAGGACAAGAGGUUCAAGAACCGAGAAUUACAGAUCAUGCGCAAGCUGGACCACUGCAACAUCGUUAGGCUACGUUACUUCUUCUACUCCAGCGGAGAGAAGAAAGAUGAAGUGUAUUUAAAUCUGGUGCUGGAUUUUGUACCAGAGACCGUGUACAGGGUGGCGCGCCACUUCAACAAGGCCAAGACCACCAUACCCAUCAUUUACGUCAAAGUGUAUAUGUAUCAGUUAUUCCGCAGUUUGGCAUACAUUCAUUCCCAAGGCGUCUGCCACCGAGACAUCAAACCACAGAACCUUCUGGUUGAUCCAGACACGGCUGUCCUCAAGCUGUGUGAUUUCGGCAGUGCGAAGCAAUUGGUUCGGGGCGAGCCCAACGUUUCGUACAUCUGCUCUCGGUAUUACCGCGCCCCGGAGCUCAUCUUCGGAGCCACGGAUUACACCUCCAACAUCGAUAUCUGGUCAGCAGGAUGUGUGCUGGCUGAGCUGUUGCUAGGGCAGCCCAUUUUUCCUGGGGACAGUGGGGUCGACCAGCUAGUGGAAAUCAUAAAGGUUUUGGGGACGCCAACGAGAGAACAGAUCCGGGAAAUGAAUCCCAACUACACAGAGUUUAAAUUUCCACAGAUCAAAGCGCAUCCCUGGACUAAGGUGUUUAAACCCAGGACACCCCCAGAGGCCAUCGCGCUGUGUUCCCGCCUGCUGGAAUACACACCUGUGACGCGUCUUUCUCCGCUGGAGGCCUGUGCCCAUGCGUUCUUUGAUGAGAUGCGCCAGCCCAACGCUCGUUUGCCCAGUGGUCGGGAGCUGCCUUUGCUCUUCAAUUUCAGCCCUGUGGAGCUGUCUAUCCAGCCGCAGUUAAACUCCACUCUCAUUCCUCCUCACGCUCGCUCUCAAACGUCACCUGCCUCACACGAAGGCAGCGUGUCGGACAGUUCGGCCCAGUCCAGCUCAGCACCAGGAGCCCUGAGCAACAGCACCUGAGUGCUCCCUCUGUGUUACUGCACCCCCGUUUCCUCUAUCUAUCCUCCUCCCCUUCCUGUCAUUAAUCCCUCAUUCUUCCCCUCUAUAAGCUUCACAACCUCAGUCUGUCUCGCACCGAAGCGUGACGUCUCCGUUACACAUCCCUGCCUUGUUUUUAUCAUCCAUUGUUUUGUUUUUAUUUCGUUUGUGACUGUGUGGUGUAAAGGUGAAGAAUGGUUCUUGGAGGAAUCGCUGAUCUCUAGUGGCCGGAGGAGCAAAGCACAUAAUCAUCCUCAAUCCUUUUUAUUACGUUUUAGACCGAUUACGCCUCACAAAAUGCAGGUGUAUAUGUUUUUGUUUUUUGUUUGUUUUUUUUUUUAAAUAAAUUUUAGCUGUUCUCUUCUCUUUUAAACCAGACCCUGUUUUUGAUGUACGUAGAAAGAAAUGUGAAUGUUUUUUACGUUUUUAUGGGGAUUUUGUCUCGUCUGCAUCUCUGUGCCCAGAAUUAUGCUUCUCCCACAUCAAAUGAACAAACACAAGCUUACACAAUUUGCCCUUCAAAGACAAACUGAAAGUGAAAUAAACUUUUUGAUUCGUUUAGUCCUCGGUUCAGAAUCUGUGUUAAUCACAACUCAUUUCAAAUUUGUCUGGUGUCUGGCACAAGCGCAGUGACGUUGUUUUGUUACAUCAGAGAUUAAGGAAAAAAGGCCGACCAUAACAUGGUAUGGCUCCCCCCUUACGCACUGCCCAUUCAAAAUAAAUGAUAUACAUAUAUCUAAGGCUGUAUCCCAAACCACACACACUGAAUGGUAUCUCUAAAAAGCAAUGAUAAGAAUAGUGUACUGACUUGCUCUUCAGUAUAGUAGUAGUGGUUUAGGACAUGCCCUGUGUAUUUUCACUUGGGUUUUCUUAUCACAGUAAAUAUUUUACAGAACAGAACAUGUCAACAUGACUGUCACAGCUAAUUAAUACAUAAAAUAAAGUAAAAAUGUAUGAAUGGAGAACUUAGCUGCAUUAGAGCCAUCAAUUCGUACUAAUUAUUUGUGCUUGCUGGCUAACGUUAUUGUCAAUGAAGUGUCUUCUCUCUGCUUUGAUAUCCUAAUGCAGUGCUUUUGCAGGACAUAAAAUCACCACAUUGCUUUGUGUGGUUCUAAAACCCAAAAUAAUGCCAUGUCUCAAAGUAAUGUGUUUAGAUUAGUGGUUCACAUUGGCUUAAUUGCUAAAAUUGUCCAAAUCUGAGUUAUAUAUUUUGUCAGAGCUGAUCCUAGAACAGUAUUGAUACUAGUGGCUCUUCGCCUCUUGUGCUAUACACUAACACCAAAAAUGCUUUGUAAUACGGUUUAUUCCCGCUAUUGCAAAUCUCCUACGGCAUUAUUUAUAAUGUAGAGUCCUGGUCAUCAUAAUUACUACAUGACUCAUGCGCCCAGAAUGUUUCACACUGGCAACAUUUUCGCUGGUUGCUUUUGCGUCCUUUACUAAGUUGUUCGAGAUCAUCGGAAAGGUUUCCAUUUCUUUACUACCCUUAGGAUCCAGAAACCAACCAGAACGAAGCAUCACAUGGUUGUUUUAAAACUCUGCAGCUUUACAUCACUGAGGCUUUCCAAAUUGAACUUUAACUGGUACCAGAGCAGGGUUAAUCUUGGAGAUUUGGCCACCUCGCUCACGAAUACCCCUCAGCUGAUGUGUGUUUUAAUUCACAUGAGUGAUUCUCUUUCUCUGUGGAUGUUUAUCAGUGCUAAAUAGAUCAGUUUUAAUCCCAGUGUCAUAAAAUCGUAUGCACAGAGAGAUCUGUAGAAACAUUCACAUGACCUGUUGGCCAGCUGUUUAGUAUCUGGGUGAUUUUUAUUGGCUGUUCAUGCAGCAAUAAUUCUUUUGAAUGUAUUGUUUUUUGUUGAUUUUAAACGUCCAGACAUUAAAGGCGGUAAAUUGUUUCCCCUUCAUAGGAUUAAAUACCCGAUAGGAACCAAAGCUGAACCUGGAUUGGUUAUCACCAUGUGCUUUGUGUCUCGUUUGCAUAAAGGUGAACUUUGCUGUCGUUGUCCAUCACUUGUUCUUGCUGAAAAGAAAUGACCCCCGGCAGCUUUGUGGCUCCCUUGCCGGUGGGAACGCAAGGUCUAACAGUUUCUGAUCUGUAUAAUUGCAGAGCCCUGAAUUCACACACUGAUUCUGACUGGAAAAAUGUCCAAAGAUUUUAAUCGUACGACAAGAGCCAUUUCUCCUUCCCCGCUUCUGUUCCCUGUCCCAUCAACCCCUACUUCUCCCUCCUUCCACUGCUGAUAUGUAAAUACCAUGUACCUUUUACUUUUUAUUUUUGUUAUUGGUAUUCUUGUACCUUGAUCAUUUUCUAGUGGAGCGCUGGGUCAGAUAGUGACCAGCCUCUCUCUGUCUCUUUGUCUCUCUCUCUCAUUCUGUCUUUCUCUCCCAAUCCUCCCAUCUGUACAUAGCUAUUCUGUUGUCCCCCUUACACCUAUGGAAGGGGGUUAAAAAAAAUGGAACAAAAUUGAGUCUCUCUCCCUCUCUUUUUCUCUCCCUCGCCCCCUCUCGAUCUCUGUCCUCGUUCAUGUGCUUGUCCAUCCCUCCCCCCAUAAAUGUUCUUUUCAUUGUUUUAUUUAUUGUAUUGCAGGCAGUGUUUUUAGUAUCUGAUGGGUAGAGACGUGCGUGACCUGUCAUUAGAGCAACAUUCAGAUCCUGAACUUGAUAUUUUCAUCCUGGAAUGUGUUAGAGAAUAUGUACCAAGUGUUCGGAACAUUCCUUGUCAGGCCUAGCGUUCGCAAAGGUGCAGAGGCGCACAUGUUUAUCCUUGCAGGACUGAAUGAAUGGGUUAAGCGAGGGAGAGGGGGAGAGAAACUGUGUUUUUGUUGGUAUAAAUAAGCUCAUUAAUAAAGUGAUGAAAAGUG